AUGCGAAAUCUAAAGUUAUUUCGGACCCUGGAGUUUAGGGAUAUUCCAGCUCCAGGGAAACCCCAGUGCUUCUGCCUUCGGAGUGAACAGGAAACAGUUCUUAUCGGCUCAGAAGUUGGCCUCAUCGAAGUUGAUCCUAUCUCAAAAGAAGUGAAGAAUGAGAUUGCUUUGGUGGCCGAAGGCUUUCUCCCAGAUGAUGGAAGUGGCUGCAUCGUGGGCAUCCAGGACUUGCUGGAUCAGGAGUCAGUGUGUGUGGCCACAGCCUCUGGGGACGUUGUGCUGUGCAAUCUCAGCACACAGCAGGUGGAAUGCGUCGGGAGUGUAGCCAGUGGUAUCUCUGUCAUGAGCUGGAGUCCUGACCAAGAGCUGGUACUUCUUGCCACAGGUCAACAGACACUGAUUAUGAUGACUAAAGACUUUGAACCAAUCCUGGAGCAGCAAAUCCACCAGGGUGAUUUUGGUGAAAGCAAGUUUAUCACUGUUGGAUGGGGCAAAAAGGAGACUCAGUUCCAUGGAUCAGAAGGCAGGCAAGCUGCUUUCCAGCUGCACUUGUUCUUACGAUCUCGGAAGGUCAGAGUGUGGAACCGAGAAUUUGCUUUGCAGUCAACCAGUGAGUCUGUGGCAGGACUGGGACCAGCCCUUGCAUGGAAACCCUCAGGUGCAUUGAUUGCAUCUACACAAGACAAGCCCAACCAGCAGGAUGUUGUGUUUUUUGAGAAAAAUGGGCUGCUUCAUGGACACUUUACACUUCCUUUCCUCAAAGACGAAGUUAAGGUAAAUGGCCUGUUCUGGAAUGUGGAUUCCUCUGUUCUUGCAGUUUGGCUAGAGGACCUUCCGAAAGAAGAAAAUUCCAUUCUGAAAACCCAUGUUCAGCUCUGGACGGUUGGAAACUACCACUGGUAUCUCAAGCAAAAUCUUUACUUUAGCACCUGUGGGAAGAACAAGCCUGUGGCUCUGAUGUGGGACCCAGUAACCCCAUUCCGGCUGCAUGUUCUCUGUCAAGGCUGGCAUUACCUCUGCUACGACUGGCACUGGACCACCGACCGGAGCUCGGGAGACAGCUCCAGUGACAUGGCACACGUGGCUGUCAUUGAUGGACACAAGGUAUUGGUGACAGUCUUCCGGCAGACUGUGAUUCCACCCCCCAUGUACACCUACCAACUGCUACUCCCACAGCCUGUGAAUCAGGUCGUGUUCUCUGCACUCCCUCAAAAGAGUAACGACCUUGCUGUCCUGGAUGCUGAGAACCAGAUUUCUGUUUAUAGAUGUGUUGACAGUCCAUCUGUAGACCCUACAGUGAAAUUAGGAGCCGUGGGCGGAAUUGGAUUUAAAGUUUCUCUUACAUUACCUCUUCUGGAAAAGAGAUAUAGAAUUCAGUUUGAGAAUAAUGAAGAUCAAGAAGCAAACCUUCUGAAGCUCAGCCUUCUUACCUGGAUUCAAGAUGAUGUUUUCCUGGCCAUUAGUCACAGUCCUUCUGGUCCACAGUCUAUCAUUUACUGUUUGACUGUCGCCCCUUCAGAGGAAAAUGAGAAGCAGGGGCAGCUCAAUGUCAGGUACAACAGUUCUUCCCUGGUUAUCUGUGAGUUAGAUCCAACUCGACAGUGUCUCUUUGAAGAAUCUGUCCUUGGUCUGACUGACAGGUGCCGUUUUUACAUUAAUGGCACUGAGCUUGCAUCAAAUAUCACAUCAUUUGCAGUGUGUGAUGAAUUUUUAUUGCUAACAACGCAUUCCCACACCUGCCAGUGUUUCUGCUUAAAGGAUACCUCAUUUAAAACUUUACAGGCAGGCCUGAGCUGCAGUAAUGCAUCUAAUGUGGAGACUCUGCGGAAGGUAGAGAGAGGUUCACGCAUUGUCACUGUUGUGCCUCAGGACACAAAACUCAUACUCCAGAUGCCAAGAGGAAAUUUAGAAGUUGUUCACCAUCGUGCACUGGUGUUAGCUCAGAUACGGAAGUGGUUGGAUGGACUUAUGUUUAAAGAAGCAUUUGAAUGCAUGAGAAAAUUAAGAAUUAAUCUCAACUUGCUUCAUGAUCAUAACCCCAAGGUGUUUCUUGAGAAUGUGGAAACCUUUGUAAGACAGAUCGAUUCUGUAAAUCAUAUGAAUUUGUUUUUCACUGAAUUGAAAGAAGAAGAUGUUACAAAAACUAUGUACCCUCCACCAGUUUCUAGCAGUGUCCAGCUUCCCAGGGAAUCUGAUGAGAAAAACAUAGACCUUAUCUGUGACACCCUGAGAGCCGCCAUGGAGAACAUAAACCCUCAGAAGUUCUGCCUUUCAAUACUCACCUCUCAUGUGAAGAAAACAACCCCAGAACUGGAUGUUGUGCUCCAGAAAGUUCACGAGCUUCAAGGAAAUGCUGCAUCUGAUUCCAAUGCUGUGAGUGCAGAAGAGGCCCUGAAAUACUUGCUGCUUCUGGUAGAUGUUAAUGAAUUGUAUGAUCAUUCUCUUGGGACCUAUGACUUUGAUUUGGUCCUCAUGGUAGCUGAGAAGUCACAGAAGGAUCCCAAAGAGUAUCUUCCAUUUCUUAAUACACUUAAGAAAAUGGAAACUAACUAUCAGCGGUUCACUAUAGACAAAUAUUUGAAGCGGUAUGAAAAAGCCAUUGGUCACCUCAGCAAAUGUGGCCCAGAGUUCUUCCCAGAAUGUCUAAACUUAAUAAAAGAUAAAAACUUAUAUAGCAAAGCUCUGAAGUUAUAUCCACCAGGCUCGCAGCAGUACAAGGAUAUCAGUAUUGCUUAUGGGGAACACCUGUUGCAGGGGCAACUCCAUGAACCAGCAGGACUUGUGUUUGCCCGCUCUGGUGCUUAUGACAAAGCGCUAGAAGCCUUUCAGGCCUGUGGCAGCUGGCAACAAGCUCUCUGCAUGGCAGCCCACCUUAACUUUACCGGGGAUGAGCUGGCCAGCCUGGGCAGGACUCUGGCAGGAAAACUAGUUGAACAGAGAAAGCACAGUGAUGCAGCCACAGUGUUGGAGCAGUAUGCCCAGGAUUAUGAAGAAGCUGUUCUCCUGCUGUUAGACGGAACGGCCUGGGAAGAAGCUCUGAGGAUGGUCUACAAAUACAACAGACUAGAUAUUAUAGAAACAAACAUAAAGCCUUCCAUUUUAGAAGCCCAAAAAAAUUACAUGGUAUUUCUGGACUCUCAGACGACCAUGUUUAUUCGCCAUAAGGAACGGCUGCUGGUGGUUCGAGAGCUUAAGGAGCAAGCACAGCAAAUGAAUCUGGAUGAGGAGGGACCUCGUGGUCAAGAGUCAGAUCUCUUCUCUGAAACCAGUAGUGUCAUGAGUGGCAGUGACAUGAGUGGCAAAUACUCUCACAGUAACUCCAGGAUAUCGGCGCGAUCAUCUAAGAAUCGACGCAAAGCAGAGCGGAAGAAGCACAGCCUCAAAGAAGGAAGCCCCUUGGAGGAUCUGGCCCUGUUGGAGGCCCUGAACGAGGUGGUGCAGAGUGUUGAGAAACUGAAAGAUGAAAUAUACCACAUUUUAAAGAUGCUGUUUCUUUUUGCAUUUGAUGACCAAGCAAAGGAAUUACAAAAGGCCUUUGAAGAUACUCUGCAGCUGAUAGAAAAGUCACUUCCUGAAAUUUGGACUCUUGCUUCCCAGCAGAAUUCAGCCACACCUAUUCUAGGCCCCACUUCAACUGCCAACAGUAUCAUGGCCUCCUAUCAACAACAGAAGACUUCAACCCCUGUUCUUGAUGCAGAACUUUUUAUACCACCAAAGAUCAACAGAAGAACCCAGUGGAAACUGUGCCUUCUUGAGUGA